AUUGACAGUUUACAAGACCGAUUUGUUUACAUCAGCCAAACGCACAUGGCAAUACCGCACUGGCGUUCUCUUUAAAUUCUAAAUAAAACCUUCCACCAUGUCCGUAGCGACCGAUUUUAAAGUGAUUCAGCUUAAGUACGAGGAAUCGGACUCCCACGGUCAUCAGCUAUUCGUGAAGGAAAAUGCUUCCAAAGCAACGUGUAAACAGAAACCCACCGGUCGCACACUGUACGUGCUCAACGUACCGCCGUACGCAACUGAAGAAGCUCUGCGGCAUGCAUUCUCAACCGCAGGAGAAAUAGAACGUGUGGUACUACAGGAAAAACCUUCCAAUCAAGAGUCCGCACCGAUCGAAAUCAUGGCCAAAAAUCGAUUUUGCUUCAAAGUAGCGUAUGUGGUGUUCGCUAAGCCAGACUCGCUGAAAAGGAUUCUUCGGACGAAAAAAAUAAAUCCCCUUCAUUCCGAGGAAAAGCCACUGCUCACGGGUAUGGACAAGUGGACCAAGGCGUACAACGAACGCAUUCCAGACCCGGCCGCACUGCAGCAAGAAAUCGACCAAUACAUGGAAACGUACGAUAAGAAGGUGGAAGAGCAAAAGGCGAUGGAGAGCAACAAUGCGGCCGAUGAGGAUGGUUGGGUGACGGUGUCGAAGAAAAAUGCCGGCGUCUUUUCCCAGAAGCAACAGGUCGUGAAGAAGCUGGAAAAGAAACUCGACGAUGACCGGACGACGAAAGAGCUGAAGAACUUCUACACCUUCCAGAUACGCGAAUCGAAGAAGAACGACAUCAUCAGCUUGCGGAAAAAGUACGAUCGGGAUUUGAAGAAAAUGGAUCAGAUUAAGAAAGCGAAACGGUUCAAACCUUAUUGAAUUGGCAGCGGUGCUGUGUGUAGAAUAAAUUCAUCUUUUUUUUCCUUCCGUUCAGUCGAUA